AUGCGCCAUCUAACACGCCUCCGUCGCGACCAACUUCAUCGCAUCGUCUCCACCCGGACGAGAUUGCUUCAUACUCAACAAGAUGUGAAUACUUAUACUACAUCGAGAGUGCCUCUCUCGUCCGAUCAGACUCCCGCGGGAAGUGGAAACAGCAGAGACCCCCAGACCGACAAUGUCAACAAGACUACCCGAACACUCUCCGGCCUCACCAUCGGCAUCAAGGACAACAUCGUGACAAAGUCUCAACCCACCACCGCUGCCUCCCGCGCUCUCUCAGGCUAUACCUCACCCUUCGAUGCCACCGUUGUCAAGCUCCUCCAGAACCAUGGCGCCCAACUCUUGCCUGGACUGAACAUGGAUGAAUUCGGAAUGGGCUCCCAUUCCCAACAUUCGCACCGCGGCCCUGUCCUGAGUCCGUUCAAACGCGACGACGUCUCCCUCUCGCCGGGAGGUAGCAGCGGCGGCAGCGCGGUGGCUGUCGCUCGAGGGGAUUGCUGGGCCGCGUUGGGAACGGAUACAGGUGGAUCGGUGAGGCUACCUGCGGCAUAUACGGGCAUCGUCGGCUUCAAGCCUUCGUAUGGGAGGAUUUCGAGAUGGGGGGUGAUUCCCUAUGCGAAUUCUCUAGACACGGUGGGGAUCCUGGCGCGGAGCACGGAGGACGUCGGGAAGGUGUUCCGGUGUCUGGACGGGUACGAUGAGAAGGACCCAACGUCUCUCUCGCCGAGCGUAAGGCGACGGAUAGAUUCCACAACACGUUCGCGUCCGCACCAGCACAAACAACAACAGAGCCGACCCCUACUCCGCAUCGGAAUCCCCCUGGAAUACAACCUCGCCGAAAUCAGCCCGGCCGUCCGCGCAACCUACCUCCACACCCUGACCCUCCUCCAGCAAGCAGGCCAUACCCUCCACCCGGUUUCGCUCCCCACAACGCGCCUCGCCCUGUCCGCAUACUACGUCCUCGCCCCGGCCGAAGCAUCCUCCAACCUCGCCAAAUACGACGGCAUCCGCUACGGCCACCGCAGCAGCAACAACAGCGACAAGAACGACGCAUCGCCAUCACCAUCACCAUCAUCACCACUCUACGCCCGCACCCGCGCCGAAGCUUUCGGCAGGGAAGUCCAACGCCGCAUCCUCCUCGGCACAUACACCCUCAGCGCGGACGCGCAGGAGAAUUUCUUCCGCCAGGCGCAGCGCGUGCGGAGGUUGGUGCAGCGGGAUUUCGACGGGGUGUUCGCAGCGGGGAAUCCGCUUUCGCAUGAAUCCGGCGGGACCUCGACGUCGUCGUCGGCGUCGGGGGGGGUUUCUCGCGCCGACGACGCGGGCGGCGUUGAUGGAGUCCGAGUGCAUGUCCUCCUCGCCCCCACCGCGCCCACGCUGCCGCCCACGGUCGUGGAAUUGCUCGGGAGAAGCCCCGUCGAGGAGUUCACGAACGAUGUCCUGACUGUUCCGGCGAGUCUCGCGGGCUUGCCGGCGGUGAGUGUGCCGGUGCCGCUUGUGCGGGAGAAGAAAGCGGAGGGUGAGCGGGAUGUCCGGACCGUGGGAUUGCAGAUCCUGGGUCAGUUCGGUCAGGAUGAGAUGGUCCUUCAGGCGGCGGAGAUGCUCGAGGGCCUUGUUGCUUCGCGGCAGCGGUGA